AUGUACUUUUCAGAAGAAGAUGCAAGGGGUAUAAAGCAACCUUAUGAUGACCCACUGGUCAUUAUGAUCAUAAUUGAGGGGUUCAAUACGAGGAGAGUUCUGGUAGACAAUGGGAGCUUGGUUGACAUUAUUUACCUUUCUGCCUUCCAGCAGCUAAAGCUAGACCCAAAAAGGCUUCGUCCUUUCAAGUCUCCCCUCGUCAGUUUUAAUGGAGACAAGGUAUACCCCAGGGGGAUAGUGACGUUGACAGUCACUACCGGUUCAUACCCCCUCCAGGUAACCAACCAGCACAAUUUCUUGAUGGUAGACUCACCCUCGUCCUACAAUGUGAUCAUAGGACGACCUACACUCAACCGCCGGAAGGCUACUACUUCCACGUACUGUUUGAAGUUGAAAUUUCCAACAGAACAGGGGGUCGGUGAGAUAAAAGGAGACCAAGUAUUGGCAAGAGAGUGUUAUCAGGCCGUCUUAGCCUCAAAAGAAAGCCAUACGUGGACAAUCGAAGAAAAAACACCAGAGAUCAUUGAGAAGCUAGAAACGAUAGAGUUGGUUGAAGGAAGUCCAUCAAAAACAACCCAAAUAGGGACGAAUCUAAGUCCCAGGAUGAAGGAAGGGAUCAUCAACUUCCUGAAAGAUAACCUCGAUGUAUUUGCUUGGAGCCACAAGGAUAUGCCAGGGAUCCCAGCAAGCCUCAUCCAGCAUCACCGGAAUGUUGACCCAGAGAAGAAGCUCGUCCAACAGAGAAGAAGAGUCUUUGCCCCCAAACGAAACAAAGCAGUAAUGGACGAAGUAAAUAAAUUGCUUGUUGCCAAUUUCAUUCGGGAAGUUCACUACCCUGAGUGGUUGGCCAACGUGGUCAUGGUCAAGAAAGCAAACGGGAAGUGGAGAAUGUGUGUCGAUUUCAUAGAUCUUAAUCAGGCCUGCCCGAAGGACAGUUUUCCCUUGCCUGGAAUUGAUCAGCUGGUAGACUCCACCGCCAGACAUAAACUUCUCACGUUCAUGGAUGCAUUUUCCAGAUAUAACCAUAUACAAAUCAAGAAAAAACUGCCUUUAUCACUAGUCAAGGGCUCUAUUGCUACUGGAUCAUGCCUUUUGGACUCAAGAACGCAAGGGCCACCUAUCAAAGGUUGGUGA